AUGUCUCCUCGCUAUGGCGCCCUUGGAGCAACCUUCCAACUAUCCCGCAUCUUUCAAGCAUGCUCCCUAAUCGCCAUAAUCGGCAUGACAGCCAAAUUCAUCAGCGUCAUCAUCAACAAUAAUGGCACCCCCCCAAGCAUCCUGAUCGGAACAAUCAGCGUCACCUGCAUCGCAGCAAUCUACUGCAUUAUCACCAUAAUCCUAUACACAGAUGACAUCCUCCCAUUCCUAGGCUGCGCAGUGCUAGAUGCGUUACUGCUCAUCGCACUGAUUGUGGUCGCCGUCAUCAUCGGUAAACCGCUCUCGUACUUGAAGUGCACAACGCUGGCGGAGCUGGGAGAUAAAGAUGCUACAUCGUAUGCUUUUGCGUCUCGACUUUCGAGUUAUCUUGCGAAUGCCACUGGCAAGAUUGAUUACGCUUCGUGGAUUGGCGCUUCGAAGGGGAUCUGUGUCGAGACGAAGGCUGUUUGGGGAUUGAUUAUUGGGCUUUGUAUUCUCUUUUUCUUCUCUGUUAUUUGCAAUGUCUGUCUAUGGCUACAGAAAAAGAAGGCCGCGAAGAGUGUAGAGUAA